UUGGCCUGUCAGGUCCAUCCGGCGAUGCUGGGUCUGGACGAGCUCGGGAGGAGUGGUUGUGGCCAUUGCACACAGGCGGAUCUGAGGCUCAGCGACGCCGCUGGUCGCAACCCAGGACACGACAAUGACAGGAACACCGCCGAGCCCGCGUUCCCCCUGCCCAGAGUCAUGGCGGCAGCAGCCGCUCUGAGGGCCCCUGCUCAGAGCAGUGUGACCUUUGAAGAUGUGGCUGUAAACUUUUCCCUGGAGGAAUGGAGUCUUCUUAAUGAGGCUCAGAGAUGCCUGUACCAUGACGUGAUGCUGGAGACCUUGACACUUAUAUCCUCCCUGGGUUGUUGGCAUGGAGGGGAAGAUGAGGCAGCACCUUCUAAGCAGAGCACGUGUAUACAUAUAUACAAAGACCAGGGAGGUCAUAGUGGAGAAAGGCCUUAUGAGUGUGGGGAAUAUAGGAAAUUAUUUAAGAACAAGUCCUGCCUCACUGAACCCAGAAGAGAUCACAAACACAGGAAUGUUCGCACUGGAGAAAGGCCUUAUGAGUGCAGCAAAUAUGGGAAAUUAUUUCACCAAAAGCCUACACUCCAUAUUCAUGAGAGAUUUCAUACUGGGCAAAAGACCUAUGAGUGCAGUGAGUGUGGAAAAUCAUUUCACCAAAGUUCACUCUUGCAGCGUCAGACACUUCACACUAGAGAAAGGCCUUAUGAGUGUAUUGAAUGUGGGAAAGCCUUUGCUGAAAAGUCCAGUCUCAUUAACCACAGGAAAGUUCACUCUGGAGCAAAGCGUUAUGAAUGCAAUGAAUGUGGGAAGUCCUUUGCUUAUACAUCUAGUCUCAUUAAACACAGGAGGAUUCACACUGGAGAGAGGCCUUAUGAGUGCAGUGAAUGUGGGAGAUCCUUUGCUGAAAACUCCAGUUUUAUUAAACACUUGAGAGUUCACACAGGAGAAAGGCCUUAUGAAUGUAGUGAAUGUUGGAAAUCCUUUAGCUUAAGGUCCAACCUCAUUCACCAUCAGCGAGUUCAUACUGGAGAAAGGCAUGAGUGUGGGCAGUGUGGGAAAUCCUUUAGCCGAAAAUCUAGCCUUAUUAUACAUCUGAGAGUUCACACUGGAGAAAGGCCUUAUGAGUGCAGUGACUGUGGGAAAUCCUUUGCUGAAAACUCCAGCCUUAUUAAACACUUGAGAGUUCACACUGGAGAAAGGCCAUAUGAAUGCAUUGAGUGUGGAAAAUCAUUUCGCCACAGUUCUUCGUUCCGUCGCCAUCAGAGAGUUCAUACUGGAAUGAGGCCUUAUAAGUGAAGCAAAUUUUGGAAAUUCUCUUGCCCAGGCUUUUUGCUCCUUCAAGGCCAGAGAGUUCAUACCGAAUCAAGGUGUUAUGAG